UUGUGAACUACCAAAGUGUGUUCCUUUCAUUUAUUGUUGCGUAUUUAACCUAAGCUUUUUCUAGUAACUUUUGUGAAAGUGCUCUUGACGUAUUACACAUUCGAAUAUACGUGUUCGUGUGCAAAAUAGCGCCAACAGUGAGAAUGAUCAUACCGAUAAAAAGAGACGGCGAAGUUGAAGAAUGGGCGAUCAUUGAAUUACAAGGCGAUUUAAAAUUUGAUUCAGCAGAUACUACAAAUAAAUACAUCGGAGACGUACAUUUUUCAAAGUCUGGUACACCAAUAUUCAUAAUUGGUAUUCACGUACUACACGGUAAAGAAGUAGAACUUCCAAAACCAUUUGCUGUUUUACAAAAAAAAAAUAACGAAACUGAUAAAAUAGCAGAUAAUUCUGAGCUACAAGUUGAAUACAUUGUGAAAGCUCUUGUAACAAAGAAAUUGGUGUUCAGAUCAAGACCAAAACCUAUCAUAAAAAAUGUUCCAAAAUGUAAUUAAAUUUAUUUUCCUAGUUAAAUAUGAUGCACCUACUUUUGGAAAAAUAACUUGUUACCAGUAAAUCUGUUUAAACAGGUUUA